AUGCCCUCCUACAUACCAACCUCAAUAGCGACAAGCAUUCUAGCCUUGUCGCUAGUCGCGCUAGAUAGCAUACCCGCCAUAAAAAGCCUCACAACCUGCAUCGUGCGCAAAAGUCGCAACUACGAACCCAUCCUCCUAGCAAAGGAUGAAUACCGCGACGAAGACGGCGAAGCGACCGAGGAAUCCCUCCAGGCCUUCUCGGAUAAAUGGCAGAGGAUAGUCAUCGCGCUAUUCUCCGCUGCCGGCUUCCUAAUCACGUUAGCGUUGGCUUUUCUCACGACUUUGAUGGGGAUUGUUGGCGAGUAUAUCUUGCUGGAAUGGUUGCAGUUUGGCGUGUGGGCUUUCCUGGCUCUCCAGUCCAUCGCCUUCUUUACUGAACCCCGACCGACAACCCGCUAUGUCCUGGGCAUAUUCGCCUUCGGCGGGAGUAUCAUCGCAAUCGCCGCCCCAUGCGUUGAACUAGGUCUAGUUGUCUACGCACAUCGGGUCAUCCCCAUCGACAAGACCUGGCUAGCCCUGCAACUAAGCCAGAUCGCCUGCGCAUCACUGCGCGCAGUAUUCUGCGUCUUACUGCCCCGUCGCCCGGACGUGCACCAUGAAGACAAAGUAGUCGAUCAAGAAUACUCAGUCUCCCUCCUGAAUCGAUUCUCAUUCAGCUGGGCAGCCGGACUCCUAGACGAUGCAGCAAAGAAAAGUUCCCUCAGCCUCGACGAUAUCCCCAAAUUGCCCGCCUCAAAACGCGCAGGCUUUCUCAGAAAUGAAUUCGAGAAGGCGAGGAAGGAUCGCAAGAUCUGGAAGGGGAUCCUCUUUGCCCAUGCUGGUGCAUUGACCGUUCAGAUGAUUCUUACGCUCGUCAGUUGCUUCUUGAGCUUCGGGCCUCAAGUUGCGCUGUUUCAGAUUUUAAAGACGCUCGAGUUGCGCGAUACUCCAUUUUGGAAUGCUGGCGCAUCAUACAUGUGGGUUCUUGCGUUGGGCGCGUUGAUGUUCAUCUCGUCUAGUGUUGAGGCUUGGUUGUUCUGGGUUAUCUAUUCGAGACUUGGGGUGCCGAUUUAUGCGGAGUUGUCUGCUGUUAUCUUUGCCAAGGCUAUGCGGAGGAAGGAUGCGAAGCAUUCGAAGAAAGCGAGCAAGGAUGGGGCUGGGACGACUGUUGCUGAGGCUGAGGCGGAAGCUGAGGAGGAUGCUGAGGAGGCGCUUAAGAAGAGUCGGCAGAGUAUUAUUAACCUUGCUGCUGUGGAUGCACGUCGAAUCUCAGAUUUUGCGGCUUUUAACUAUGUUAUUCCACUUGCCAUUAUCAAGAUUAUUAUUGGUUGUGGAUUCCUUGUUCAGAUUCUUGGGUGGCGGAGUGCUUUUGCUGGUCUUGCUGUUUCUGCUCUUGUUACGCCGUUGAAUAUCUAUGCCGCUAAGAAGUAUUCGAAUGCGCAGGAUCGAUUGAUGAAAUUUCGCGAUCAGAAGCUGGCUAUUGUCACCGAGGUGCUGCAGGGCAUUCGGCAGAUCAAGUUCUCUGCCCUGGAAGAGCAAUGGCAGACACGCGUGCAGGAGACUCGAGAGACAGAGCUGGGCGCAUUAUGGGCUGCAUUCUUAGCUGAUAUUGGCUUGAUUUCUAUCUGGAUUCUCGGUCCAGUCGGGUUGUCUGCUGUGUCCUUGGCUACAUAUGCCAUGAUCCAUGGCGGGCUGACAGCCUCUGUGGCUUUCACAGCCAUGUCCGUCUUCAGUUCACUGGAAAUGUCCUUGGCUGUUCUUCCCGAGCUUACCUCUGUUGGUCUCGAGGCCAAGGUUAGCGCUGAUCGAAUCGACAAGUUCAUGGCUACUUCGGAGAAGGUUAUCAACACCGUCCCUGCGGAGUAUAUCGCCUUCGAAAAUGCCUCUGUCGCAUGGCCCGCCGAAGAAAAUGCACAAGAUGACGAAGAUAGAUUCGUCCUGCGCGAUAUGAACUUGAAAUUCCCGACAAAAAGCCUGAGUGUGAUCUCUGGCCGUACAGGCUCUGGAAAGAGUCUGCUUCUCUCAUCUGUUCUCGGUGAAUGUGAUGUACUCGGCGGGACAGUCAAAGCACCUGUUCCGCCUCCCAUCAGCGAGCGCUACGACCGUCUCGCAACAAAAGCAAACUGGAUCAUCGACUCGGCUAUUGCAUAUGUUGCGCAGAUCCCAUGGAUUGAAAACGCAACAAUCAAGGAGAAUGUCUUGUUUGGACUGCCCGACGAUGCAGAGCGUUAUAAGAAGGUCAUCUUCGCUUGUGCUUUGGAGAAAGACUUCGAAAUGCUGCCUGACGGUGAUCUGACUGAUAUCGGUGCCAAUGGUGUGAACCUCAGUGGUGGCCAGCGCUGGCGUGUUUCCUUUGCUCGGGCGUUGUACUCCCGUGCUGGGAUCCUCGUUAUGGAUGAUAUUUUCAGUGCGUUGGAUGCACACACUGGUCGAUUCGUCUAUGAGAAUGCACUUACUGGCGAGCUUGGACAGGGUCGAACCCGUGUUCUUGUUACCCACCAUGUUGCGCUUUGUCUCCCUCGCACGGACUACUCUGUUCUGCUGGAGAACGGACGCAUCAAGUAUGCUGGUACCAUUGAUGAUUUGAAAGAAUCGCAUCAUUUGGAAGAUAUUCUGCGUGAGGAGCGUGCUGCUGAAGAGACGGAUCAUGCUGUCAUCGAUGAGGAAAGUCGGGAAUUCUUGAAUGAUGAGGAGACGACGCUCCAGAGGGUUAUCUCCAAUACUUCUCAUAGACGGCCAAGUACGGCUGCUAAUGGUCAUACCAACGGCCAUGCUUCCAAUGGAAACGGUAAAGCUCAAGAAAGCGCUCCUGCACCGAAGAAGUUUGUCGAAGAUGAGAAGCGUGAGACUGGCUCUGUGCGACUUGCGAUCUAUGGUGCUUUCUUGGGCAUGGGUGGUUCGGUGGCAUUCUGGAUCAUGACCAUCUGUAUCUUCCUGCUAUUUGCCGGUCUCAUGGUUGGACGAGCUUGGUGGAUCAAUAUUUGGACAAGAUCAUCAUCCUCCGAUACUAAAGUACACCCUGAGCAAUACCACGUCCUACUCCAGCACACCAUGCAGCCAACAAUCCCCCCUCAGGACGACAACCUUGCCAUGUAUCUUGGAGUCUACGUGGCACUCUCCAUCAUCGCAUGCAUUGCCGGAUCAGUCCGAUACUAUUUCGUUCUCCGUGCAGCAGUACGAGCCUCAAGGAACCUCUUCAAUGGUCUCAUCUUCGCCGUUCUCCGCGCACCGCUCCGCUGGCUCGACACAGUCCCACUCGGACGAAUCCUGAACCGCUUUACAGCUGACUUUCACUCCCUCGACUCACGAAUCGGCUACGAUAUCGGCUUCUUCGUCGGCAAGAUCCUCGAGGUCCUGGGAAUUAUGAUAGCCGGAAUGCUCGUGUCCCCAGUGGUGAUCGUAUUCGCCAUUGUCCUCCUUCUGAUCUGCCUAAAGCUAUCCCUAACCUACCUGGCAGGCGCGCGCCAGAUCAAAAGACUGGAAAGCACGGCCAAGAGCCCUGUCUUCGAGCAAUUCGGCUCAAGUCUCGCUGGUCUCAUCACUAUCCGCGCUUUCAGCAAACCGGACACAUACAUCGAGAUCAUGUACGGCAAGAUCAACCGUCACGCCCAGGCCUGGUGGAACCUCUGGCUCUUCAACCGCUGGCUAGGCUUCCGCAUGAACGUCGUCGGUGCGAUCUUCUCAACACUCACUGCCGCUCUGAUCGUCUACGUCCCCGGUAUCACCGCAUCGCUAGCAGGAUUCGCAUUGAGCUUCGCACUGCAGUAUAACUCCGCCAUCGCAAUGGCCCUCCGCCAAUACGCCAACCUGGAGUUAAACAUGAACGCCACAGAGCGCGUGAUCGAAUACUCGAAUAUUGAAAUCGAAAACCAAGCAGGCCUAGAUGCCCCAGCAGCCUGGCCAACAGAAGGCCGACUAGAAGUCAAUGAUCUAGUCGUGGGCUACGCACCAGACCUCCCACCAGUGUUGAACGGCCUAAGCUUCGCAGUUGAAAAGAACCAGCGCGUAGGCGUGGUCGGACGCACAGGCGCCGGCAAAUCGUCACUGACCCUUGCUCUAUUCCGCUUUCUAGAAGCACGCUCCGGGCAAAUUAUCAUCGACGGCUUGGAUGUAUCAAAGAUAAAACUGCACGACCUCCGCAGUCGCCUUGCUAUCAUCCCGCAAGACCCAGUCCUCUUCUCGGGCACUGUCCGCUCGAACCUCGAUCCAUUCGGCGAAUACAGUGAUACAGAGCUAUACGAUGCGUUAGCGCGCGUGCAUCUCAUCUCUGAAGCAGACGAUGACGACUUAACACUCACGUCUCGGACAGCGACGCCCCGUCAACCUAAUGAGACGGGCGCCGAGCCUGUCCCCAAACAGAAGACGAACGCAAACGCAUUCACAUCUCUCUCAACGACAAUCUCUGAAGGAGGACUGAACCUCUCACAGGGCCAGCGCCAACUCCUGUGUCUUGCGCGUGCCAUCGUAUCCAGGCCUAAGAUUAUGGUUCUGGAUGAGGCGACGUCGGCUGUGGAUAUGGAGACUGAUGCGUUGAUUCAGACUUCUAUUCGGGCUGAGUUUGGGCGUAAUGCUACCACUUUGCUGGUUAUUGCGCAUCGACUUAGUACUAUUGCUGAUUUUGAUCGCAUUCUUGUUAUGGAUGCUGGGAGGGCGGCUGAGUUUGGGACGCCGAAAGACCUUAUGGGGAUCGAGGGGGGUGUUUUUAGGAAUCUUGUUGAGAAUAGUGGCGAGAAGGAGCUUCUUGAAAAGAUGAUUUUUGAGUGA